AAAAAAAUUGUAUUAUUAAAUUACUGAUUUUUUUUGUUAUAGUAGAAAGAAAGUGAGAGAUAAGACUGACACACAAAGAUUAUCGUGGUUGUAGCAUUUUUCAUUAAUCUGAAACUUCCUUAAAAAUUAAAUAAAAUAUCCUACUAAUCUGAAACAGUUACUAGCUAUGCCAAUUUCCCAAUUAUGUUCAAACACCCAUCCAAUUCUACAAAUCAAAGCAUGCAACCUCAACAACAACGACACUGGAUCCAAGUCAGUUACAGGAAAACCCAAGGCCAGUCCCCAGCUGAACCGGUGGUCCAGGGCUCGUGCAAUACGUUCCGGUCGAAAAUUGGACCGCUCUAGUUCCCGAACCCAAACCCUAGAACCCAACCACUCCCCACCUACACUUCCCUUCGACGUCGAUUCAGAUGACGCCGUUAGUGAAGACGGUUCGGAGUUUAGGGCCAAAUCCAUUUAUAUUGUCUCUGAUGGUACCGGUUGGACCGCUGAACACUCCGUUAACGCCGCUUUGGGUCAGUUCGAUUACUGCUUGGUUGAUCACGGCUGCCCCGUUAGUACCCAUUUGUUUUCUGGGGUUGAUGAUGUGGAAAGGUUAUUGGAGAUAAUAAAGCAAGCAGUGAAAGAAAAUGCAUUGCUUGUGUAUACAUUAGCUGAUUCUUCAUUAUCUUCAGCUGCUGAGAAGGCCUGCAAAUUAUGGGGUGUGCCUUCUACUAAUGUACUGGGACCCAUUACAGAGGCCAUUGCUUCUCAUUUGGGCGCAUCUCCUUCUGGCCUUUCUCGUGGAGCUUCUGGCGUUCCGCUUUCUGAUGAUUACUUUCGUAGGAUUGAAGCUAUUGAGUUUACUAUCAAGCAAGAUGAUGGGGCGUCUCCCCAGAAUCUUGCUAAGGCGGAUAUUGUGCUUACCGGGGUUUCGCGUACCGGGAAGACGCCUUUGUCUAUUUAUCUUGCUCAGAAAGGGUAUAAGGUUGCGAAUGUGCCGAUUGUGAUGGGUGUGGAUAUGCCUAAGACUCUCUCUCAGGUUGAUCCGAAGAAGGUUUUUGGAUUGACUAUAAAUCACGGUGUUUUACAGGAGAUUAGAAGAACAAGGGCUAAAACUAUGGGGUUGAGUUCAGGAUCAAGGACUAAUUACUCGGAGAUGGAUUAUAUUCGCGAGGAACUUGAAUUUGCAGGAAAGCUCUUUGCUCAGAACCCUGUCUGGCCGGUUAUAGGCCCAGCUGUUGAAAAGCGGUUUCGAUCGGAUGAGUACUGGUGGCCUCUCUUCUGUGAAAAAAUGCAAUGAAUGGAAAUUAAGUUUGCUUUCCUUCAAGGGAAAGGAAGCUCUGGUCCUGCCAAAUUGGUGAAGUAUUUCUCCAUGGUUUGGUUUUCAAAGUCAGAUAUAGAAAAUUUGUCCUAAGAGCCUUUAAUAGAAAAUUUAUCAUAGGGAUCUUUUUUCUUCUUGCCUAGUUGUCUUUAUGGUUCCAGUAAUACUUAAUUGUCAUGUAAGAUACCUCUAUUUUCUUACCAAACUAUCCGGUGGGAUAUAAUAUUCGUGCACUGUGUUUGCAUUCUUGUUGAAAAAAAUGCAUUACAUGCUAACAAUAUUAAAAAUCUUAGACUCGAGGCAACCUAUAUAGGUAUUUAACAUAUUUAUGUAAGACUACUGGUGUACCAAACAUGCCUGUAGCUGGGACAAAAACAUGGGCAUUUGAAUGGUGAGUUUCCUUAAUUCUCUCAUUCCUUUUCAUUGACAAAUUAGUCAAAGCCACAAAUUUCUUAGGUUGAGUUCUAUGAUUUGUUCUUGUUCACCUAACUGGGGUGUAUGUAUUAAAUUUUUUAACCGCAGCAUUACAACUAAUGAAAUUGUAUUGGAGUCUCAUAUUA